AUGGCCUCCGUUGCAAAGGACCUGCUACUACAGCUGCUUUGUUUGGGGACAUGCGCUGACCGUCUCCUGCUCUACCUUUACUAUAGUGACUAUAUCAACCCGAUUGACCUCUGCAACCGCUUAAACUCCUAUAUUGUCCCCGAAGCUGCUGUCCAUGCCUUUAUAACCUUCCUGUUUGUUAUUAAUGGCUACUGGCUUACAAUCGCGCUUAACCUGCCCCUUCUCGCAUAUAAUGCAAAGAAGUAUGUACUCCCCCGCACCCGGCCAGAUGUUCACACCACAUGGCAACCACCCUCUUAUAUAUUCACCUUUCGGCCACUCGCGGACCUCCAGACUAACAAGAUCUCCUUCUUAACCCAAGAAUAUUCGAAAACCAACAUCUCCUCGAUGCCACAGAAGUUUUCCGGAAGCUGA